CAAAUGUUUUGUUUUGCAGUAGUAGUACAGUGUCUGUGUUGCUAACGAGAGGACCCCAUCUCCGAUUUUUCAUUUCUCUCGAACGAAGAUUUCUGAGCUCACUUCACUUUCUCUUGUUUCUCUAUUCUUUCUCUGCUUCCACUCUCCACAUCCCAAACCCAUUUUCAUCGAAAUCAUCUCUUCCAAGGUUUUGUUAGAGAUGGGGUUGUUGGGUUCUGAGAAUGGUAAAGUUGUGGAGGAUUGGGAUGUGUGUAAAUCAAAGGAGAGUAAGAAGAAGAACAAGAAGAAUAAAGAGAAUGAGAGUAUGGUUAAAGAGAAAAAAACUGGGUGUUGGGUUAGGUUGAGAUUUUUUGGUAGCUGCAUUUCUUCGAGAUCCAAAGUUGAUACCUCAGUCAGUGGCAGUGGUACCGGCACCGUCACCAGUACUCAUUAUGCUGAAAGUAAAUCGACUAAUGAUACAAGUCGAUGCCAACCUGCGGCUCCAGUAAUCUCUUCCACAACAACUAGUAAUGCAGAAAGCAAUUCGUCCACUUCUAAACUUGAAGAGGAGCUUAAAAUUGCUUCCAGGCUACGGAAAUUCUCUUUCAAUGAACUUAAGUCAGCAACAAGAAAUUUCCGGCCCGAGAGUUUUCUUGGCGAAGGUGGGUUCGGUUGUGUUUUCAAGGGUUGGAUUGAAGAAAACGGAACUGCUGCAGUGAAGCCUGGUACAGGGCUUACCGUCGCUGUGAAAACCCUUAACCAUGACGGGCUUCAGGGUCAUAAAGAAUGGCUGGCUGAGGUAAAUUUUCUUGGUGAUUUAGUUCAUCAGAACCUUGUUAAACUCGUUGGUUACUGUAUUGAAGAUAAUCAAAGGUUGUUAGUGUAUGAAUUCAUGCCUCGAGGAAGCCUGGAAAAUCACUUAUUUAGGAGUAAGUUACUAUUUCAUGUUUGGAAAUUCAGAUUAUAUAAUUGUCAAUUUUCUCAUGUAAAAAUUAAUAUUAUAUCGUACGUAGGAUCUCUGCCUCUUCCAUGGUCGAUUAGGAUGAAAAUUGCGCUAGGAGCUGCACAGGGUCUUGCUUUUCUUCACGAAGAAGCUGAACGACCAGUGAUAUAUAGGGAUUUUAAAACUUCGAAUAUACUAUUAGACGCGGACUACAAUGCUAAGCUCUCGGACUUUGGUCUUGCCAAAGAUGGUCCUGAAGGCGAUAAAACCCAUGUGUCUACUCGAGUUAUGGGAACCUAUGGUUACGCAGCACCAGAAUAUGUCAUGACAGGUCAUCUUACAUCAAAAAGUGACGUGUACAGUUUCGGAGUCGUACUACUUGAGAUGUUAACCGGCAGAAGAUCUAUGGACAAACACCGACCCAACGGUGAACACAACCUUGUCGAAUGGGCUCGACCGCAUCUAGGAGAACGAAGAAGGUUCUACCGCUUAAUAGACCCUCGUCUCGAAGGUCACUUUUCUGUAAAAGGAGCUCAGAAAGCUGCGCAACUAGCCGCCCACUGCCUAAGCAGAGAUCCAAAAGCGAGACCCCUAAUGAGCGAAGUCGUGGAAGCUUUAAAGCCUCUUCCAAACCUUAAAGACAUGGCAAGCUCAUCAUACUAUUUCCAAACAAUGCAAGCCGAUCGGUUUGGAGCAAGUCCAAACACUAGAAGCGCACAUGUACAAGGAGCAUCGCUCGCUCGGAAUGGACAACAGCGAAGGAGCCUUUCGAUACCGAAUGGUACUCAUGUAUCUCCUUAUCAUCACAAGUUUCCCCAACAAUCACCUAAACCUAAUGUCAAAGCAUAGAGCUAGUGAAAAUUUUCCAUCUCUUAAUGUUUCUUCUGGCUGUUUGGAAAUAUUGAAAUAUUGUUUUGCCCUUGGAAAUGUCAUUUCUUGAUUCCUUUAGGCUUUGCUUGUGUAUGAUGCUAAACAUUUGGCUCUUGAAAUUAAUCACAGGCUUUUGUUUAUAGAAAAAUGAGAAAGGAACUUUAUUAUUGUAUUAAUUUAUGUUAGUUGCAUGUCCC